AUGGUGGAGAACAAUCAACCUGAGGAGACGGAUACUAUGAAGACUAAGACAUGGACAAAUUUAUUUCAGAGGAAUCGAGCAGUUGAAAAUAGUAUGUCGCUAGCUUACAUACCCCUACAACUCAUUUAUGGUCAAGUUGUUGUUCAAUUAGACAAAGUAGAGGUAGAUCUGGAAACAGAGAAAUGGAAAAAUGCCGUGAUAGCUUAUAUAAUUGGGAAAACACCGGGUUAUAAUGCUAUGAAGAGAUUUGUUGGGAUAAAUUGGGCAAAUGUGGUGGAGCCUGAGCUGUACUUACAUGAGGAGGGUUACUACAACAUCAAAUUUCAAAAUGUAGAUGAUAUGAAAGAAAUUAACUACUUUGGGCCAUACACGUUUAAUAACAGACCUAUCAUCCUAAAGCCUUGGACACCAGAUUUUGAUUUUAAUGAGGAGUUUCCCACUGAAAUUCCUCUAUGGGUUCAAUUUCCUAAUCUGCCUAUGAACUGUUGGGGUCAUGGUUUAUUAAGUCGAAUGGCUAGUACAAUAGGUACUCCUAUCUAUGCAGAUGAGUGCACUGCAAAGAAAACUAGAGUAUCAUUUGCAAGAAUGUUGAUAGAAGUGAAUAUCACUAAAGACUUGUUAGUGAGGUAUGAUUGGAAACCUGAGUUCUGUCAGAAAUGUUUAGUGGUUGGGCACAAAUGUGGUAUGAAACAACAACAAAAUAAGCAGCAAGAGAAGCAACAAGGCAGGAGAAGAGAGCCUAAGAAGGUCACUAGGGAAUGGAGGUGCAAAAGACCAUUGAAAGGUGGAGAUAGUCAUGCUAAUCAACCAGAGGAUAAAAAUUAA